AUGGCAACUUACUACUGGAAAAACCUGGUUGCAAACCCCGCCGUCCGCCAUCUGUUAAGUGAAUCGCUUGAAAUACGCCGGAAGUCCGCUAAGCUGUCCUUGACGAUGCGAAACUAAGGCCUAAAUUGAACUGCAAUCUUUUUAUUAUCUAUGGCAAUAGCCUAGAGGCAUAAUGUCCUUAGUAAUUCUGAA